AUGGCGGCAGUACAGCCGAGUCGUGGCUCGUCUCAACCUGGGCCAUCCAGGCUAGACGGUUCUGGCCCUUCGUCAACACAAGCUUCCACACGACCGCUUGCAGCCCGGGUCCGCUCCGUCUUACUACAUGCUCCACGCGAUUCCAACAACAUCUGCAAAGCACUCGACACGCUCGCGCACAUGUACCCUGCCGCAUCCACUCAAUCCACUCUUACCGAUCAUCAAAUCUUCUCUGGCAGCUCAGGCGCAAACACGUCAGCUGCGUCAACCACGGCGCCUCUCCGACUCGUUGAUACUGCGCGAGCCAGGCGCGAUCUCGACAGUGAUGUCCGACAACGCAUGCUCACUGCCACUGAAGACAUCAUCUCUGUGCUUCGGACCGUCGACCACGGUCUGGUUCGGCUCUCAAACGAUGUAGCCGCAAUGCAUUCCUCGUGCGAUGCUGUCCAGCACAAGCUCACUGCAGCACAUGAUUCCAGCCGUUACCUCGUCGAGCAUGCAGAAGGUCUUGAAAGCCAAAGAGCUGCCGCACUCACCCAGCUUCAAGUUGCCAAGCUCUUUCUCUCGCGUUUCACCCUAUCCGAGCAGGAACGUGCAUCCAUUGACUCGAGAGAGGUUCGCGUCAGCAACCAUCUUUUCCACGCCAUGGACAAGCUCGAGCGGAUUCGUAGCGAGUGUCAGGUGCUCUUGCAAGGCUCCGAGUCCAUCCCGUCGGGCGCCAAUUCCGCCAGCUCAAUGUCAGCGGCUGCUAGUGUAGGUGGAGGCACGCGCGCCGGUAUGGACAUUAUGUCAUCAACAGCUCAAGAUCUGGAUCACGCCUACCAGAAGUUGUACAAGUGGUGCUCGUUCGAGUUCAGACAACCCGUCAAAGAAGGAUUGGAAGUCUCGCCCAGUCUGAGAGAAGCGACACAUCGGCUCAAGCACGCGCGCCACGAUCUGCUUCGCUCGGCACUUAGCACGCUUGUCCAAACGCGUAGCUCCAUCCUCGCCAACGCUUUCAUGGCUGCGCUCACCAUGGGUGCAGGUCCGCCCACUUACCUUCCCGGUCCCAUCGAGUUGCACGCACACGAUCCGAUACGAUACGUCGGCGACAUGCUCGCCUGGAUUCAUCAGACGGUUGCAUCCGAGCGCGAAUUCCUCACCUCGCUCUUCAACGAAAAGGAAGGAGAAGGCGGUCGACGCAUCGGUCAAAAACGGCGUGGCUUAGAAGGCUCGUUGGAUCUCACCGGAGCUGAUCCAGAAUCGUUGCAGCUAGGUCCUGGAGAGGCACUGGUGCGCGAAGUGUUGAAUUCCAACCUUGACGGCUGCUGUCGCCCACUGCGACUUCGUAUCCAGCAAACGCUUUGUUCGCAGGAAGGCAGUGUCUCGUCGUACCGGCUUGCGCAUCUGGUGCACUUCUACCGCUCUACCAUGCAAAAGACGAUCGGUUCGCGUGCUACUUUGAGUCGGACGCUGGGCGAGCUCUCAGAUCUCGCAGUCAGCGCUUUCGCCGAAACGGUCGAACGGCAGAGUAGAGGUAUCGACCGGUAUGACGGUCUACCCGAACCUGAUCUCAGCCUCCCGCCACCGCUUGUGGCCACGAUUGGAACGUUGAAAGAACUCACUGGCGAGUUCUCCCGAUCUCUUGCCGAAGAUGCACCUUGGAGUCCAUCGCAGGCCGAGACAGAAGCACCAGGAACCAUGCCGACAGAAGAAUCCACCGCGGCAUCGCUUUCCAACUUUGACUUUGUGCUCAUCAAACUCGUUGACCCGCUGGUGAGCAUGGUCCGACGCUUGGCAGCGCUUCACAUUGCUAAACGGCCUCGAUCGCGAACCGAAGCAACAGCCAGAUGGGAGUCUCUGCUGUUCACAUGCAACUGUCUCGAGGCGUUAACGUCGACACUCGAUACGUAUUCGUUUGCGCAGUGGAAAGCUGGCCAGAUGCGAUCUACGUUUGAAACAACACUGGCCGAGGUGACUAAUUUGCAUUCACAACAGUUGCUCGAUCGAGCCGGACUGUCGUCGGUACUCACAGCCAUGGCUGGACAGAAUGAUGGCAGCGUUGCCUUGUCGAGCGUAACGGGAGCAACACAGGCCGAAAUGAAUCGAGCACUGACACGCUUCGACCAGUGUUUGACGCAAGACGAUCUGCUUUCGCCUAAAGGAUUAGAGGCUCUGGCAAGUCCAACAGCGCGACAAACGGUGCACAUCACGGCACUGCAGCGUCUCACCGAAUCGUAUGCUCGGUUGGUCGAGGCGAUCGAAUCGCCGCAGAAUGGAUACGAGAGCACAAAACAGAUGAUCAAACGGCGUCCUGAAGCAGUGGCGAUCUUGUUGGGACUGUAA